AUGGCCGAGGUCGCUGGUCUUGCGCUCGCCGUGGUGCCUUUACUGAUAAGCGCUCUGGAGCAUCGCCAAGGCAUAUCAAGACCUUUACGUGCCUUUUUCAAGUUUCGACAGGAACUCUCGACAGCUCUGAUCGACUUGAGAUAUGUAUUUGUCGCGUAUGACCAGAGUGUUCGAUUACUACUCAACACAAGAAGUCUGUCUUCUCAGCUGAAGAGGGAUCUUGGGUCCGCAUAUGACGAAUCCAUGGGUCUACUGAAGCGGAUCGAAGCCACCAUGGAGACCAUCGCCGCCGAUCUCGACAUAGGAGGCUCAGACCAGGUCUUACAGCAUGGAUUGCAGACUAUCAUUGCAGCAAACCCUCAAAUUUCCGAUCCGAAAAACCCUUCCAGUCAGAAAUAUCAGCUACGAGGACGUCUCAAGUUUACUCGGAAAAUCGGCAAAGUGACGGACGGCAUACACCAGCUAGAAGAAUAUAAUCGGAAAUUGCAAAGUCUUCUGGACAAUGCGAAGAAAAUUGGCGCCUCUCAGAACCUCGAUGAACCUGCCUCGCAGACCUCCAUAGAGUUCGUGGCCGAUUUGCAGACCAUACAAGCAAACGUUGCGAGGGUUCACAACGGUCUUAUCGGACGGUGGUGCCUGAAACCACAGGGUCAUCAGACGGGACUGUUGCUUGAGCAACGCCUCAGGCGCAGGAGAAGACACCGGCAAGGUCCGCUCAAUAGCGUGGGUAUGCAGGACCGUUACGGUGUCUCUAUUCGAAGAUGCGCUGAGAGGAGUUGGUUCGACACUGAAGUCCACGUGUCUUGCGAUGUCGAUACGGCGACCAGUUACCCCAAUAUCACCAUUGCUCCCCCUGAACCAUCAACUUCUGCACAGAGAUCCUCGACUGUCGUUAGCGAGGUGAGGGAUAUCUGCAUGGCUAUCCAGAGUGCGGCAUACCCGAAUUCCGGGUUCAGCCUAAAUAAACUCAACGUUCUUUGCGGAUUCCAUCACCUGGAAGCCCGUUCCUACUUUCUCGCGAAUAGUGCCGUCACAUUGAAUGGAUAUCUUCCGGUUAUCAAGAGGAAAGAGCACUCAAUUCCAGACUUAUACUGCCUCGCAAUCACUCUUGCAGCUUCGGUGCUUCAGUUAAGUGAAACGCCCUGUUUCUUCUCCACCUGA